AUGUCGCCCAUGGCGUUCACUGGUACGGUGACCAAAGUCGGUUGCAUGAAUAAGACAGCGACUGUAACUGUCUCCCGAUUCGUGAUCCACAAAGUGACAGGAAAACGUAUCGAGAGAAGUACUAAAAUUCUGACUCAUGACGAGCGCAACAAACUCCGUCUGAACGACAGAGUGAUCAUCCGCAACUGUCCCCCCAUAUCCGCUCGCAAGCGCUUCAAACUGGAGAAGAUCAUCCAAAGUCCCGAGACAGAACGAGAAUUGGCCCAUUCGGCGUCAACGACGGAAAAUACGACACGCUAA